UGGCCUUGUUCAUUCUCUCUCUCUCCUGUUCUUACUGGAAGUAAUUGGAGUGAUGAUGAUUUCAAGAAAUAGAAGCUCACUCUGCUUCAAUAACUUGUACAUUUCUGCUCCAUUCUUCUCUGUUUAUAACAAUGGAUUUUCACCCCCUUUUUUCUAUGAGCUAAGGAUGAGGAUUUGAGUAGAAAGAUCAUCAUCAGAUACCCAUUUCUCCCAUGGCCACAGUUUAUCGAGUUAAAGUUAUUCGUAAGAGAGCAGAGAGGCAUGAACGGAAGCGAAUGCAAAACUAUAAAGUGCAGGCGGAGCGACUAUCUGCAUUUGAAGAAUUGCUUAAUGAGAUUUAUACAGUUUGCCGCCCUAAACCAAGGGAUUAUGAAGUCAGGAGAGAUUUGAUUUCUGCUUUUAAUGAGAUAGCAAAGGAUAUCUAUGGAUGUUCUGGUAAUGUUCCUGUUGUGGAGGAGUUUGGAUCUUUUGUAAUGGAUCUAUUCCAUUCAAAGAGUGACCUAGAUCUCUCUGUUAAUUUUGACAACAGUUCAGUUCAAUUUUCGCAUGAGAAGAGGAUUCAAACUCUCAGAAAAUUUGCAAGGAAGUUAUAUGCACUUCAAAGAUAUGGGCAUGUUUCUGGUGUUCAUCCAAUAACAGCUGCUAAGGUGCCCGUUCUGAAAGUUGUUGAUUGUGGAACGAAAGUUGAGUGCGAUAUAUCAGUUGAAAACAGGGAUGGAGUUUCAAAGUCUAAGAUAAUCCACAUGAUUUGUUCACUUGAUGAAAGGUUUCAGAAGCUGAGCUUUUUGAUGAAAGCUUGGGCAAAAGCGCAGAAUAUUAAUAGCUCAAAAGACAAAACUUUGAACUCAUUAUCUGUAAUACUUUUGGUUGCUUUUCAUUUGCAGACACGAAAUCCUCCAAUACUACCGCCAUUUUCUGCCAUAUUAGAAGAUGGCUCUGAUCCUGAUUCGGUGGCGAAGUCAUUGAAGAAGUUUGUGAACUAUGGGAAGGGGAACAAAGAGUCAGUGGCUGAGCUGCUAGUUACACUGUUAAUCAAGUUAUUGUCGGUUGAGAAGCUAUGGGCCAAAGGACUGUGUGCAAGUACCUACGAAGCAUCUUGGCAAUCUAAAACAUGGGACUCCAAAGUUUGCUGCAUCAGUGUUGAGGAUUUCACUGACCGGUCUCAAAAUGUUGCAAGGGCGGUUGGGAAAGGAGAAGUAAAACGGAUAUACAAGUGUAUCCAGCGUACCAGCGAAUACAUUUCUGCUUUUAUGGACGGUCUGGUCGGAAUACCCAAAUUAAAGUCUCAGUUGUUUGGCAAUGCUGCUCCCUUUCAAGAAGUUUCUGAGACAGGGAACAUUAAAGAAGAUGGAAAUAUAAUCACUCUUCCUUGUAGAGAUAUCAAGAAUAAGGAGGAUCAAAGUAAAGAAGGCCAGAACGGAAGUCAAUUGGCUAUACCUUCUGAACCUGUUGCGACAAAAAGAAAAUGGUCUAGCGAAGGUUGGGAAGGAUUAACUUCAGUGAGUGGGGGACAGUCAAAAGGAAAAUGGUCUACUGAAGGUUGGGAAGGAGUACGUUCAGCGAGUUGGGGACAGCCCAUGGAGGAUGGGGGACCAGCCGACUCUCCAUGGUCAAAAGGAAAAUGGUCUACUGAAGGUUGGGAAGGCAUACGUUCAGCAAGUUGGGGACAGUCCAAGGAUGGGGGACCAGCCGACUCUCCAUGGUCAAAAGGAAAAUGGUCUAGUGAAGGUUGGGAUGGCAUACGUUCAGUGAGUUGGGAACAGCCCAAGGAGGACGAUGGACCACCUGACUCUCCCUGGUCAAAAAGAAAAUGGUCUACGAAAGGUUGGGGAAAAGCAUCUUCAGCUAAUUGGGGACAGUCAAACGGGGACAGUGUACCACCAGACUCUAUCUUGACAAAAAGGAAAAGAUCAGAAGAAACCCGGGGAGGAACUUCUUCUGCUCAAUGGCUGGGAAAAUCAGACACGAAAAGUUGGCCCAAAAGAAAGCAUAACAGUAAGUAUGCACCUAAGGCUAAGUGGUCAAAAAUGCAGACAGGAGGUCGGGGAGGAAGCUAAAUGAACCAUUUGCGCGUAUCUAGUUGAAUCAUCUGCAACAACUUUUACAUUCUUGCUAGGACUUGGGGAGUAGCUCGUAUGAGCUAGAUAACGUACCCCUCGUUAUCCUCUUGUUUUUGUACUAGUUGGUUAGAGCAUUUUGUGCAGAAUGACUUAGCAAUGACCUAACAAGAUGGCAUGUUAACUGCUCAAUGUACAUUUAAUUUUAUGUACCUUAUGAACAUCAAUGAAUCGAAUGAAAAACAGAUUCUGGAGAAGCCAA